AUGUUAUUCCAAUACACCUACCUAACCAGAAGCGCCAUACGCCUAGUUCGCUUCCAUCCUCUCAGCACGCCUUCAGACAUCCACUUGACACUGGAGCAUCAAGAGAACUUCUCAAGCAGCGAGGCACAAUACACGGUGCUAUCAUGCCCUCACUCUGAUGGAGAAAGCAAGAGCUUGACCUUACAUGGGCGCACACGUAUGGUACCUGCGCCGGUAUGGGACGCAUUGAGUGCUAUACAGAAGCACGGCGAUACGCAAGACCAAGACCGAUACUGGGUGAAUGCCGUUUGUGUGAAUCCGCGCGAUGAGGACGAGAAGCAGUACCAUGUGUCUCAGAUGGAGCAGAUCUAUGCCUCUGCACAAAAGGUGCUGGCGUGGUCUGGACAAGAGGAUGGGCAUAUCGAAAACGCUGGCAGGAAAGCAGAUCCCAAGCGAAUGGACGAUAUCAAGCUAGACGAAAAGGAUAGAGAUGCCGUGCGACAGCUCUUGCAGAGGAAGUUCUCGCAACAAGACCUGGCACUCGUGAGGCAUGCGAAACAUGUCGAGCUUAUGUGUGGCAAAUACCGAUGUGAUAUGGGGUUGGUAGACCACAAUUUGCAAGCCAAUACUCCCUCAAACAAUUCUCGGCGGAGUAGUCAAGCUGCGUUGUGA